UGUGAUGGCAAGAUGAUUUUUCGUGUGCAAUCGUUGUCGUUGGUAGAAAUCGAAGUUUGACGUUUUAUCUGUCGUUUAGGCGAGGACGUAGUUACCUCCCCAACGUUGAGAAAUGCGUGCCGAUAAGCUGCGCAACGUUCGAACAGAGAUUUCGGGCGUUCUUUGAGAUUGACAGCUCUCAUUUCGCGACGAGCUCCCAGGAACUGUGGUAGAAUUUGUACUGGUGAUUCGCUCGUGAAGAUGUGGUCCUUUUUUGCUCGCGACCCUGCCAAAGACUUUGGGUACGAGGUCGGCGAACUGGUGCCCGGCCUAGAAGACAAAUCAAUCUGGCAAUUACACAAGGGAAAAAAAAAGGUUUCUGGUCAAGAGGUUUCUAUAUUCGUGUUUGAGCUGAAGGGAGGCAACGAUGUUCUGUUGGACACAGCCAAGGCAUCUGUCAAACGGCUCAAGACACUAAGGCAUCCCAACAUUCUGCAGUACAUUGACAGUUUAGAGACGGAAAAAGUUGUGUACCUGGUCACGGAGUAUGUUGAACCUCUCAACCAACACUUGGAACUGUCUCGGAAAGAAGAGGAGAAGAGGCUUGCCGUUUCCUGGGGGCUUUUCCAAGUUGCCAAACAAAUGUUGGCUGACAAACAUUUGGGCAACUCAGGCAAUCUUUUGCAGUAUCUGAGAGACAAAUGCCAGUGUUGGCACAUGGGUCUCUGGUGA